GGUUGUCAACAUUCUCCUGUUAGGGGGGCCUGUUGGUUCCGGACAUGGGGGUCCGGUAAGGAGGGUAGUGAAUUCGGAUCUGCAUCAUUGUUUCUGGUCGUCGGGUCAGCUUAUGCAUUGUCGUGCUGGAUAUUAUGUGGCUCGUGCAUCGUUACGAUACUAAGGUUUAUAGCAAAUGACGAAGGUGUAAUUGUUUGAAGUGCUUCCGGUGAUAACUUACUCUACACUAGAAAUAAAUGCACGAGUCAGUACUGCCACACUUGCCGCGAACCAAAGUUGCGAAACAUAGUGACCUUUUUAUUAAUCAUAAUAUAGCAUGUUAAAAGAUCCCGAGAGUGGCCGUUGGCUUAGAGUACUGAUUUUGUCAUUAUUUAUUGAAGGUGAUUCCACCUGUUUCAUCCACGAAUAUUCAACGUAAGAAUAUAGGCUACAGCUCUGAAUCUGUGUUUUAUUCUCUUUAGCUAUUGUAGUUGCUGGGGUUCCAGAAGUCGUAAGCAUGAGAAAAAGAUCCAAUCUAUCUAACCCCGCAAAAGUAAGAGGUGCAUUUGGCACACAUGCUGGUGGAGGGAAACAGGUAAGCUCAUCUGUAAAAUGUAAUACAAGAACUGAUGUGGAAUGUACCGCUCAGCUUUCCUCCCUGAAUAAGAGGCACCUGAGAAUUACACAGAGUGACAGCAAUUUCCUCAAGUUUUUAAAUGAGGACAGACAGGGCUUGUCAUCGUUUUGUGACUUGACUGUCACUGUAUGUGGCAAGAAGUUCAGUGCUCACAAGGUGGUCCUAGCAUUUGGGAGCAGCUACUUUCAUACCAGACUGAGUACAAACCCCCAAGUGGACAAUGUCACUAUUGACCACAUGCAAGAUUCAGUCUUCCAGCAAUUACUCUGCUUCCUGUACACUUCUGAGUUCGUUGUGGCGGACAGUGAGAUUCCCUCUCUGGCUGAGGCAGCCCGCUUGCUCGAAAUGAUGGCAGCUGUCAAGCUACUUACUGGCGAAGGUGACUUAGUGGCACCCUCUCAGCAGCAAGAGCCAAGUGAGUGCCAGGAAGAACCAGACAAGGAACAAACUGAGAGCUCUCCAGAAAGCUGCCCAAAGGCCAACCAAACCCUUGGUGGAGUGCAGUGUUCAAUCUGCAACCGCACAUUUUGCUACAAGAAGUCACUUGAGAACCACUUGGCCAAGAGCCACAGCAGGGAUCAGCAGGGGUCAGUAACCACUCCAGUGGUAUCUGUUGUUACCACUCGGAGAUCCACCCGCCAAAGAAAGACUCCAACCAAAUUGGCACAGCAGGAGGGUGAGAGCGAUGGUGGAGAUGAAGUAAAGGCCCAUCAGAAAGUGCAAAGGGAUGAGACACUUACGUCUGUGGAGAAGGAAGAUGAUCAAGAGGCUGAAGAAAGGGAGGAAGCACACCAAAGCAAUGAAGGAAACAGAAGAGGGUCUACAGUGUCCACUGUGGAAGAUGAGGAUAGGGGUAAUGAUGACGAAGAAGUGGAGACAGAACAGGAGGAAUGUGAGGAAGAACAUGUCACUGAAGACAAUAAGCUCAUAGAAGUUGGUGUCAAAGCUCCCAAGAUGUCCUCAGGUGCAGGAGCAGAACAGACAGGCCAUGCAACGGACGGGCAGGUACAGGCAGCAGACGGCUCUGGCCAUGUCUACCCAGAGGGACUGGCCCCUGUGGUCAUUCAGAGCUCCAGCAAGAAGACCCUCAAGUGCCCCAAGUGUGACAAGACGUUUGACCGAAUAGGGAAAUAUGAGAGCCAUACCAGAGUUCACACUGGAGAAAAACCUUUUCAAUGUGACAUCUGUCUCCAGCGCUACUCUACCAAGUCAAACCUCACAGUCCACAAGAAGAAGCAUGCGAGCGAUGCACCCAUCCCAAGGAAGGACCACAAAUGUCCCUUCUGCAACAAGCUACACGCCAGCAGGAAGACCCUUGCCAAACAUGUAAGGAGGUUUCAUCCAGACCACGUCCAGGAGUUCCUAUCCCUGCGUAAGCGGAAGAGUGAAGGUUGGAAAUGUGAUAUAUGUCACAAGUCCUUCACACGCAGACCUCAUCUGGAAGAGCAUAUGAUCCUCCAUUCACAAGACAGGCCUUUCAAGUGCGCAUACUGCGAUGACUACUUCAAGUCAAGGUUUGCCAGGUUGAAACAUCAAGAAAAGUACCACUUAGGUCCAUUCCCAUGUGACAUCUGUGGCAGACAGUUCAACGACACCGGCAACCGCAAAAGACACAUUGAGUGUACCCAUGGGGGGAAGAGAAAAUGGACCUGCUUCCUUUGUGGGAAAUCGGUACGGGAGAGAACCACGUUGAGGGAGCAUCUGAGAAUCCACAGUGGGGAGAAACCUCACUUGUGCAGCAUUUGUGGACAAAGUUUCCGACACGGCAGCUCGUACAGACUACACCUCCGUGUUCAUCAUGAUGACAAACGGUAUGAGUGCGACGAAUGUGGGAAAACCUUCAUUCGACAUGACCAUUUGACCAAACACAGGAAAAUACACUCAGGAGAGAAAGCUCACCAGUGCGAAGAGUGUGGCAAGUGUUUCCGACGCCAUGAUCACCUUACCGUCCAUUACAAGAGCGUUCACCUGGGAGAAAAAGUGUGGCAGAAGUACAAAACGGCAGUGCAUCAGUGUGAAGUUUGCAAGAAAGAAUUUAAAGGGAAGUCAAGUUUGGAGAUGCAUUUUAGAACACAUUCAGGGGAGAAGCCCUACCGCUGCCUGAUCUGCCAACAGACGUUCAGGAUCAAAAAGACCCUGACCAAGCACAUGGUCAUCCACUCGGACGCUCGCCCGUACAACUGCCCACACUGCAGCGCUACUUUCAAACGCAAGGACAAGCUCAAGUACCAUGUAGACCACGUUCACAGCACCCGCAUGGCUGACCAGUCUCAGACUACAGCCAGGCUGCCGUACACUGAACCGUCCAAACCUUACCCAGUUGAGCCAAAAAGCGUUUUGCAGGGCGUCACUGCCAGCGGCAGUGGCGGUGUUGCCGACGUGUGCGUCCCUGUAACGCUGGUGCCCGUGCAGAUGCCCGAGGCGGACCUGGCAGUGCACGGAACGGCCCAUGGUGUCCUGCCAGCAGUGCAGACGCAACCUCAGGUCCAGCAUGCCACUGGCUACCAGCCUGCCACUGAUCUGGUGUUCCUGGAAAAAUACACCCUCACCCCUCAGCCAGCUAACAUUGUCCACCCGGUGCGUCCUGACCAGAUGCUUGACCCCAGGGAGCAGUCUUACCUGGGCACUCUACUAGGUUUAGAUACAGCUACUCCUGUGCAGAGCAUGUCCAACACAGAGCAUGUGCAUUAGGAGCCCCCCCGCCCUUAACUCUCCUUUUAUAUUUUGUUGCAUUAUGCCUCUGGGCUAAUGAAAGCUAAAGUAAGCUUACUACAGUCUAAAUGUGUUGGAUCUGAAUUAUUUCAGUGUAGUAUUUUAAGGCUUUACAUUAAUGGUGCAAUUUGAUGAAUCCAGAUUAAACGUCUUUCCCUCCUUUUUGUAAAGAUUACCAUUCCUAAAUGGGAAAAAAAAAUCAAAACCUGUCCUCAGAAGGAUUGUAAGAACUUUGUAACUGGUGGAUGAUGA